AUGCGCCUUCUACUUCUCCUUGGGGUGGCCGUGAGCAGAUGUCUGCAUGAGGAAACCCAGAAGUCUGUGCACCUUCUCAGGCCUUCUUUCUCCCAAAUGCCUGCACACUUCCGAUCCUCAGUCCUUCCUCUCUCUGGCUCCCGUGAGCCUCAACCCAUCAGGAUCCAAACCUACUAUAUAAGAGAUCCCGCAUCCAGUAAAACUUGGGACCCUGAGGGGGAUGACAUGAGAGGGGAAUCUCGAGCCCUGGCUGCGGUGAGGGAGGCUGCUGGAAGAAUUCAAGGUAUCCUAGCAGUCCUCCCAGUCCAAGGACCUCUGCUUCUGAGUCGAGACCCUACACAGUACUGCCGAGCCGUCUGGGGAGACCCGGACAGCCCCAGCUACCGCAGGUGCAGCCUCUUGAACCCAGGGUACAAAGGAGAGAGUUGCCUUGGGGCAAAGAUGCCUGAUGCCCACCUGCGUGGUUAUUCCUUGUGGCCAGAGCAUGGUGUGCCCCAACUAAUCCAACCAGAUGGCCCUGGCGUCCAGAACACUGAUUUUCUCCUGUAUGUGCGGGUUGCCCACACUUCCAAGUGUCACAAAGAGCCCUCUGUCCUAGCCUACGCUGCCUGCUGCCAGCUGGACUCAGAAGACAGGCCCCUCGCUGGUACCAUUGUCUACUGUGCCCAACAUCUCACUAUUCCCAGCCUCAGCCAUGGUGACAUUGUCAUGGCUACCCUACAUGAACUCCUACACGCCCUGGGAUUUUCUGGACGCCUCUUCAAGAUGUGGCGGGACUGCCCCUCAGGGCUCAGUGCUAGGGAGAAUUGUUCCGCAAGGAAACAAGUGACGAGGCGAGAUGAAUGGGGACAGCUGCUUCUCAGCACUCCAGCCGUCAGCCACAGCCUGGCCAAACACUUGGGCGUAGCAGGGCCUUUGCUGGGCGUUCCUUUGGAGGAAGAGGGUUCUCUGUCAUCACACUGGGAGUCCAGGCUGCUUCAGGGCUCUAUAAUGACGGCUACGUUCGAUGGUGCCCACCGAACUCGACUUGACCCGGUGACUCUCGCUGCCUUCGAAGAUUCAGGCUGGUAUCAGGUCAACUACAGUGCUGCAGAGGAGCUACUGUGGGGCCGGGGCGCUGGCCUAGAAUUUGGCCUGGCGAGCACGUGCAGGAAUGGAUCCUCAGACAUCUUCUGCACCCACAGUGGGCUGGGCUGUCACUACAUGCACCUGGACAAGGGGAGCUGCUCCUCAGACCCAACACUGGAAGGCUGCCGCAUGUACAAACCCUUAGCCAAUGGGAGUGAAUGCUGGAAGGAGGAAAAUGGACUCCUCCUCAGAGCCGAGAACCCCCAUGGCGAGAUCUACCAUAAGCACAGCCGCUGCUUCCUUGCCAACCUUACCUCCCAAACGCUCUCCAAAGACAAGACCAGCCAACCCCCGAGAACUCCGGAUCUCCAGGAUCCCACAGGCCGCUGCUAUUUACACCAAUGCACCCACAAGGGAGCUUACGAGGUGCGAGUGGAGGGGUCUCCGUGGACCCCCUGCCUUCCAGGAAAGGCUGUUCAGAUACCUGGAUACCAUGGUCUUCUCUACUGUCCCCAAGGCCGGCUGUGUCUGGGUCGUGAGGGCACCAGCGCUGUCACUUCUCCACCCAGGAGUUUUUCAACCCGAGACCUGCUAUUCCAGCUGUCUUUAAGAUUAACUGGGACCCCGGGACACUCUCUGGGGAAAGAACAGAGAGAAGAGCUGGCUGAGGUAGUCCUGCACGCUCUGGUGACAAGAUGUGGCACUAGCAGGUGUUAUUUCCACAGCCCAUACAUCACCACAGGCUUGGUGUUCACUGUCGUUAUGUGGAAGUCUCCUGGCUGCCGAGGGCCUUCUAUCGCUAUGCUGUACAGGACGCUGACCCUGACUCUUCAGGAAAAACCCCUCCAAGUGCACCAAGGAGAAGCCAUCUUUACCACCGAAUACAGCAAGCUGCUGACUUCCUUGGACCAUCAGCCCUCCAUGACUGCCCUGCUUCUGGCCACUGGAUUCUGUCUACUGUUGUUACUUCUGGUGGGUGCAUUGGGAACUUUGGCCUAUCAGAAACGAGCUGCACUCCAAGUGGGACCAUCUACCACGUAA